GCCUGCCACCGGAGACAACACCGAUAGACCCUAUGGAACUGACCAGCUCAUCCAGCAAGCGGAGGAAGGCGAGGACGAUUUCCCUCUCCAAUAUGCCCCCCCCCCCCUUCAUGUCUCAAGAACCGGACACAGUUUGCAUUGAUGGACACUGCUCUCAACGUAACAGGUGGUGUUUCGGAGGAGAUCAGGAAUCAGUUCGACGACUUGUUUGAGCAGACAGGCCUCAUCUCUGAAGAGAUCCUUGAACACCUGAAACAAUACGAGUACACCGCAGAAGAAUACGCAGAGCAUGAACAAGAGGAGCGAGAGUUGGAAGAGCACAAAAUGGUUAUCAUUUAAUCAUAUGCGUUUCCUGCGAGUGCAGUUGGCCCAGAGCGCAACAGGUCAAAUUUGAAAAUGGUUUUGCUGAG